CGCGGAGCAUCCGUCUUCUCCAUCCCGGGAGGGAAUAGAGAGCCAUUUGCUGACAUUUGCGAGCCAAACUCUGGACUGACCGUACGGGUUUGGAAGAGCAGUUUUCUGUCACUCCGAAAAAUCGGCAGUGGGCUGCCCAAAGGAACCAAAGGGAUUGAUCACAUCCCUGACAUUCCUUUUUUUUUGGAGUUUGUCCCACUUACUUUGACGGUGGUUUUUGAUCACAAAACACCAUGAGCUCACGUCAGCGAAAGCGCCCUGGAGGAGCAAUUGAUUCCAGACCAGCUCGGAAACGGAGCAGGCUGCUGCCCUCCAGUGCAGGUGGGACUUCGCAGACGGAGCCAAGAGACCUUGAGGAAAGUGCUACACCCGCUUUUGAGCCUGAAGUCAUAGAUCUCACAGGUGAAGACACCAUAGAUCUCACAGGCGAAGAUGUCAUAGAGCUCAGAGUUGAAGAUGUCAUAGAUCUCACAGGUGAAGAUGCUGUAGAUCUCCCAGGUGAAGAUGUCAUAGAUCUCACAGGUGAAGAAGAAGUCAUAGAUCUCACAGGUGAAGACGCCGUAGAUCUCCGAGGUGAAGAUGUCAUAGAUCUCACAGGUGAAGAAGAAGUCAUAGAUCUCACAGGCGAAGACGUCAUAGAUCUCACAGGUGAAGAAGUCAUAGAUCUCACAGGUGAAGAAGAAGUCAUAGAUCUCACAGGUGAAGACGUUGUAGAUCUCACAGGUGAAGACGCCGUAGAUCUCCGAGGUGAAGAUGUCAUAGAUCUCACAGGCGAAGACGUCAUAGAUCUCACAGGUGAAGAAGUCAUAGAUCUCACAGGUGAAGAAGAAGUCAUAGAUCUCACAGGUGAAGAAGUCAUAGAUCUCACAGGUGAAGACGUCGUAGAUCUCACAGGUGAAGAAGUCAUAGAUCUCACAGGCGAAGACGUCGUAGAUCUCACAGAUGAAUCUUUGGAGCCUGAAGUCAUCAUUAUCAGUGACGAUGAAUCUCCUAUGGACAGGGAGCAGAGCCAGCAGCAGCUGCAUCUUUCCAGAGCAUCAGCCGAGCCACUGGCAAGGGAUGAUGAAGAAGAACCAAGAGACAUUGAUGGUUCCGCUCUCUCUAGUGAUUGGCUGCUAUUUGAUUUCGAUCUUCCAUAUUGGUCAGAUGAGGACUCAGAGGACAGGGAGCAGAACCAGCAGCACCCACAUGUUUCCAGUGCAUCAGGGAAUUCAGCUGAUCUACUGGCAAGUGGUGAUGAAGAGGAACCAAGAGAGGUUGAUGGUGUGUGGCCAGCAGGUCCUGCUAGUCCUCUGGCUGAGGAGAAUGAGGACUCAGAGGACUGGGAGCCCCCACAUUUUUUCAGAACAGCAGAGAAUUCAGCUGAGCUACCUGCAAGGGAUACUGAAGAGGAACCAAGAGAUAAUCAAGGAUGGCCAGACGGUGUAUACGUUGCUCUGCUUCCGGUGUAUUAUUACCCAGGGUGGUGGUAUUUGCAGCAACAGCUACAUUUCGUCAGAGCAGUGCUAGCGAUGGGGAACAAUGAAGAGGAACAAAGAGAUAAUGAUGAGGCACAGCCAGCAGGUCCUGCCAGUCCUCCAGCUAGUGAGGAUGAGGUCUCAGAGCUUCUUGAAGUGCAUGGACAGGAAAGGAGAAAUGUUACACUGAACAGCCAGGAGCAGGUGGCUGGCUCUGGUAAUGGAGCAGGAGCUAAUGAUGUACCUGUGGCUGACUUAGCCCCUGCAGAACAGGGAGCAGAGGAGGAGGACACUGAAAGUUCAGAUGCACAGCAAGGAGUUGUCAUUAGGUGUCCGAUUUGCAUGGAAUAUUACGCAGAGUUUGUGCGACGUGGACGACAGCUUGUGGCAGCCCUGUGUGGCCAUGUCUUCUGCAGUAGAUGCCUCCCUAUUGCCCUUGAGGCUUCUCACAUGUGCCCAGUCUGCAGAAUGGACCUCGAUCCAGAGCUAUACCAUCACAUUUAUUUAUGAGUGCUUCUGCUUCUCAGGACAGACUGAGACGGAUCUUGGACAACAGGCGGUGUAGAGACCUGUUUCUUUACGUAUAUAGUUCUUCCUGUAUAUAGUUUCAUUUUUGCUGAAUUCAAUUUAAAUAAAGUUUUGAUUGAUUUAAA